AUGUUCAACACCCUGCCCCGCACCGCGCUCCGGCGCUCGAGAAACUCGAUCAAAGUCAAGUUGGAGGAUAGGAAGUAUUCGAAAUUGCAGCGUUCGAGGUCGCAUGCCGAGUUUGGGUCGAGGCCAGCGGCGAGUGGGUUGGAUGAAGUUAGAUCUCCGAUUGAGUUGCAGAGCGUUGGGGCGGUCGCAGAGCUUGAGGGAGAUGGAGGGGUGGGGUUGAGAGUUGAGAAGGAGAAAGAGGACGUGAAGAGGGAGGAGGUGGUGCGAGAAGUGGAAGUGGAUGGAGUGAAGUUCACGCUUGAGGUACGGAAGAAAGAUGCGAAAGUGGAAUUCAGAGAAAAUGAAGAGGUGGAGGUUGAAGCAGGAGAGCGGCUUGAGGUUAAAGUUGGGAGACCGGAGAGGAGAGGGAGCCAAAAACACAGCAAGACUGAGAAAGAAGACGGCAGAGUUGUGAUUGAACCGCCAACACAACCAUCAGAAACAUCGAAACUGGGACCAGUGAGCUUGAAAGGUGCCUUUGGACGAGGGUUACAGACGGUGAUUCGAUUUUGGGGUUACCAGGAUUUGUUGGUCUCGACUCGGACAUGA